UUUUAACACAAGAUAUUUUUUGAAAAAAUGGAAGGCACUCAAACUAAAGUAGAUAAGCCGGCUAACCUGAGUAAGGAGGAAGGAGAAUGUAGUCCUGAUAAAAAGCCUCAAGUCAAAGCACAAGUUAAAGAAGAAAUAGAGGUAACAAAUUCACUCGAGAAAGAGCAGCCUGAAUGUGGAGAGAUACCGCAGGAAUUGGAGCCUUUGAAGUGCUCUGAGGAGCAGGAAGAGCUCGCAAAGGACCCUGACCCUGUUGUGAUUGAAGAGUCACUAGAAUUGCUUAAUAAAACUACCAACCAGUACUCCGGCCAAAAGCGUACUCAUGACGAAGCACAAGUAGAGGAUAAUCCUCAAAAGGAUCCAGAAAUAUUGAGAAAUGGGUGCUGAAAAUAAAUGUAUGAAGGCCUUCUCAAGAAGUAGGCGAAGCUGCCUUUGACAAGUGCCAAAGGAUGAUAGGAGAUCACAUCUCCCAUCCUCAGGUUGCAAAUUCUGAGGGUGAAAUGGGUGAAACCCUCUUGAUAAGAACAUUCAGCUAAUUGAUAUUAUUCAGAUGAAUAAUUUUGACACCCGUCAAAAUAUACAACAAGUUUAUAGUCCAAUGGAAGAAUUUGCAAUGUAUCUUUUGAGAAAUACAAAUAACCGGGAUAUAGGACAAAUUGGCCUUGGUGGGCCUAGGAGGAUUUCUUCCUAUAUCUCCGGCAAGCCUGCUGAAGAUGCUGACCGGAAUCAAUAAAUUGUAUUCUAACCUUGCUUCAAUAAAAC